UCUGAGUAGCCCCUUCAGAUGAGAACUGCUCUGCGCCUCGUUGCAUUUUCAGUUUCUCGGCGUCAAAGAUGGUUGACAAUGACGGCCCGGUUCGGCUUACUCCAUCAAUGAUCCCCAACUUUAACAACUUCGACGUCAAGGACUCUUCUUUUUUUCGUCAAUGGCGUGAGCUGCCUUCACCAAAAGAAGUCAAGGCCCAAGCAGAAUAUCAGCAUCGUGCGGGAGUUGGUCCAGACCCUAGGACAGAUUACUCAAUCCCUAUACCGUAUGUCAGACCACCGCCCGUGGUAUUCGAAGACAUGGGCCUAUUAAUUAAGUGGGGGCGCUAUGUGGGAAUUUCUGAGGCCUUGGUGCUCCUUGCUCUCGGCCGAUUCCUCGAGGGUCAUGUUCCUGUUCCUGAAGUAUAUGGGUGGCGCACAGACGGUGACGAAAUUUUCAUUUAUAUGGAAUAUGUUGGAACCUCCCACUACGUUGGCAGUAGGUUCCGGGAGUUGCAUGGCUUAUUCCGCGAUACAGGUCAUGUAACCAUGGCUAUAUAAACCAUAGUCUACCUUAUAUAGGUAAAGAGAUCAUCCAAUUCUAUUAUUAUUCUUUUUAAAAUUUAUUCCUAAUAAGUUUUAAGCCUUCUGCUCUUUUAGAGCUAUUUAAUUACUUUUAUUUUUUUUAAUCUUUUAUUAUUUUAAUAACCCCUAGCUAUAUAUUAUCUUAUUCCUUCCUAGGCGUCUUAAAAUAAGUUCUUUAUUUAACUAGAUUAUUACCUCUGCGGUGGUCCUUCCUAAGGAUUAAAUCUAUUAUAGACCGCAGGAUAUAUUUAAACUUGAUCUUUCAAAUCCUCCCAUAAUUAAGGGGUUAGAGCGAAAGCUCAAGAGUUAUAAGAAUU